AUGCUGUGGCUGCUGCUGCUGCAGGUCUGGGCGAGCUGCCUCUGGCUGGGACAGGGCGAGGUAGUGCCAUCCUGUGAGAGGUCAUGUCCUCACUUUUCCUACCAGAGCACCCUAGCAACAAAGGGCCUGGAGCUACAGGACCCAGCCUGGAUCUGCCAGACCUUCCAAAACCAGCGUUUCUAUGCCACCCUGUAUGACAGAAACAGGCAUAAUCCCGUGUACUCGGAUUACACCUACCGGCCUGGCCCCAGGUGAGUGUCCUCCCUUACAACAUGGCACCCUCCUCUGAUCCGUAACAAUUUGCCCAAAGAUAUGGAAACAGAGAAGACCCUCAGAGAAACUUACUCAGUCAGCCAAAAGGAUAUCAGCAAUAGCCAGGCUGUCUACCAAGACUACCUGCACCUUAACAAUUUGGACCGUGGCCAUUUGAACCCCGCUGCCCAUCACAACACCCAGGACGGCAGGAACGCGACCUUCACCUUGACCAACAUAGUGCCCCAGGACACUGAGCUCAACAACGGCGCCUGGAACCUCUAUGAGCAGAAAACAAUGGCCAAGAAAAGCAAGGACUGUCAAACCACCUAUGCCAUUGUGGGGGCUGUGCCUGGGAACUCCUUCAUCUCCCAAAACAGGGUUAAUGUACCCAGCCACAUCUGGGCCAGUGCCUGCUGCAAGACCACCAAAAACACCAUGAUUGCUUGGGGAGCCAUUGCCCAGAACAACCAGAACAACGUCCGGGUCCUCAAGCUGGGGGCACUGGAGCAAAUGUUGGCCCAGCUGUAUAAGAGGGGAGCGGUUUCUCUGUUCCAUGCGGACUGUCCCCGUACAUAAGCCUCACAUCCUGGGUUGGGGGCUUUUCCCACAUGUCACAGAAUCACAGAAUGAUUUGGGUGGGAAGGGAUCUCAAAGUUCAUCUAGUUCAAAAACCCCCUGCAAAACGGCAGGAACACUUUCCACUAGACCAGGUUGCUCACAGCCAUGUCCAACCUGGCCUUCAACACUUCCAGGGAUGGGGUAGCCACAGCUUCUCUGGGCAACCUGUGUCAGAGCCUCACCACCCUCACAGGGAAGAAUUUCUUACUAAUACGUAGUCUGACCCUGCCUUCUGUCAGUUUAAAUCCCCCUUCUCCUGUCAGUCCAUGCCCUUGUUCAAAGUCCCCCUCCAACUCUCAUGGAGACGCUUUAGGUAAUGGAAUAGGAUCUAUAUUCUCCUCAGAGCCUUUUCCAGCUGAGCAGUCACAACGCUGUCACCCUGUCUCCAGAGAAGAGGUGCUCCAGGUCUCAGAACACCUUUGUGGCCUCCUCUGGACUCCACUCCAACAGGUU